CUGUAGUGUUUCCGCCUCCACAGAGCAACCGCUCAGUCACCAGGUCAAAACACAAACAAUGGGCAAGAAGCACAAGAAGCACAAGUCCGAGAAACACGGACAUGAAGAUGCUGUUCGCUCGGUCAAACCUCCUCCUGCCGCUGUGGGUGGUGCAGAGUACGGAGAGAGACCCCUGAAGCUGGUACUGAAGGUGUCUGGGAACGAGGUGACGGCCGGAAGCUCGACUCUGGCCCCUUUCUGCGACGAGCAGCCGGCGGACAAACCCAAAGACAAGAAGAAGAAAAAGAAGAAGGAUAAAGAGAAGAGCUUUGGCUCACCGGAGGACGACAAAGCGAAGAAGAAGAUGACCAAGAAGAAGAAAGGACACGAUGGAGAUGGAGAUGAUGAGAGAGAACAGUGCAGAACUCCUAUUCGUUCAGAGCUGGAUAAAAAAGAAGAGAAAGAACAGACUCCUCUACAAGAAGCUUUGAACCAGCUCAUCAGGCAGCUCCAGAGGAAAGACCCCAGUGCUUUCUUCUCGUUUCCUGUGACAGACCUCAUCGCUCCUGGCUACUCAGCAAUUAUCAAGCGUCCAGUGGACUUUAGCGGAAUGAAGGACAGAGUAAAGAAAGAGGGCUACCAGACGUUGGAUGAGCUCAAGGUGGAUUUCAGGAUCAUGUGUGAAAACGCCAUGAUUUACAACAAACCUGAGACCAUCUACCAUAAAGCUGCUCGGAAACUGUUACACUCUGGAUUGAAGAUCUUGAGUCAGGAGAGACUGGAGAGCCUUAAACAGAGUAUAGAGUUCAUGUCUGGCCUGGACCCUUCUGCCAAACGACUGUGGAAGUCUGAGGAUCAGGGGGGCACCAGCCUGGACCAGAACAGAGAGGGACCCUCCACCACAGGCACCAGCGAGAGCUCCCAGACGCCCAGUACACCCAGACAGGACAAGGACUCCAAAGACGAAGCAGCAAAGGCAGAGAAAGAGCUGGAGGAAAUCCGGAAGGUCAUCAAGGAGUCUGGAGGAAAGCUGUCCAACAGAGUGCUGCAGUGUGAUUUGGAGUUUGCGAGACAAAAGCCUGAUGGCUCCACCACCAUGACUAUCCUCAACCCAGCAGAUCCAUCAGUAGGAGAUGUUGGCUACUGUCCUGUGAAACUGGGCAUGAUGUCCAACCGGCUGCAGAGCGGUGUCAACACCUUGCCGGGCUUCAGGGAGGACAAGAGGAACAGGAUUACUCCAGUGUCCUACAUGAGCUACGGGCCGUACACCUCCUACGCACCCACCUAUGACUCCAGCUUCUCCAACAUCAGCAAGGAGGAUUCGGACCUUACCUUCUCUUUGUACGGAGAGGACUGCAGUCUGCAGGGCUCAGACAGCUUGUCAGAGUUUCUCUCUCAAUCCGACGAGUACGUGUACAAAAUGGCCGACAAUCUCCUCGAUGCUCUGACGAACGGACAGCAUUCAAAAACCCUGAUGGAGACAGAGCCAGUGAAGGAGCCAGAAAAAACCCAAGAGAAGAAGGAAGCCACUGAGGAGGCAGCUGAACCCGACGCAUCCAGCUGCAGCAGACUGGAGUCUCUGUGCUCCGCUGCAGGCCUGCAGACGACCAGGGAGCUGUCUGGAGAGGCCCUGCACUUCCAGCAGAAAUUGGAUGAGACUACAAAGUUGCUCCGCAACUUGCAGGAGGCACAGAGGGAGCGUCUGAGCGCCAAGCAGCCUCCUAACAUGAUCUGCCUGCUGGCCCCGACCGCCAAGGAGCUGGAGCUGGCUGAGAAGGUGACGGGGAAUCUGGCCGAGCUGACUGGCCAAGUGGCGCCAUGUGACGUCAGCAGCGUCUACGGCAUCAGAAGAGCGAUGGGCAUCGCCCUGCCCCCAGGACCACACAAGCCCUUCAUCGACCUCACAACAGUGGAGGAGACUGCUGAACCGAUGGAGACCUCGUCCUCUUGUCAAGAUGCAGCUCCGGUCGUGGCUGUAAAAUGAAAUGUCACAUUUACUUUAAUAACUUAAGUUUUGUAUGAAAUGGUGCUUUUUUUGACAUUUGUAUGGAUUUCAAUCAAUAAAUUGUGUUUUUAUAAAAAAUAAAUACCUUUGCUUAUAGAGUGAAAUAUUUAAUGACAAACCACAGACUUAGGAAAACAUUUAUUACAUUCUGUAACUGUACAAAAUCCAAUGUCACAUUUGUUCACAUAAAGGCCAAUACAUUAUUAUUAUUAUAUAACCACAAUCAGAGAUAAGAUGAUGGGUCUCAGAAGACAAGGCCAUGAGACAGAUCAAGUUUCCAGAGGCACAGAGAGCGAUCCAGAGCAGGUCAGGUGACCAUCCCCACCGGAGCUGGAGAAACAUUGACAGCAGGCGGGUUGUUGAGGACGCAGCACAGAGAGUCACUCGAUUCCUGCAUUGCAGCAUAUAUGCAACAGGCAGCAAAGGACAUUUUCUAACAGAUGGCAAACACAUGGAUUUGUCCAGCUCCUCCUCAAACAGCAAAUAUCUUGUUGUAUAUGUUAGAACUUUACAUGAAGAGAAGAACUAAACUCAUGAGUCAGAGUUGAUGAGGAAACUGAUUUUCAGGUUUGCAGCUUGAAGAGAAAGUGAAAGUUUAUCGGAAAGUUUUUCUACAUCUUUAUCUAAAGUAUGUUGUUUUGUGUACGUCCUGCUCAUUACACAGUAACAGAGCAGAGUGUCGAACAGGAAACCCUCACGGCUUUCACAAUAUGAUCCAAACACAAUCCGUUCUUUUGUUUUCAAAGGACCAUAGA